AUGCGCCUCCGCCGAGCGGCCCGCGUGAUCCUCGUCGGCGCCCCGGGAGUAGGCAAGGGCACCCAGUCCGAGCGCCUCCUUGCGCGCUUCCCCCAGCUGUCCGCUAUCUCGUCCGGCGACCUGCUGCGUCACAAUGUCAAGAAUCGCACCCCGCUCGGCAUCAAGGUCGAGGGCACCAUGAAGACCGGUGGCCUCGUCUCCGACGACCUCAUCCUGCGACUCAUCACCAAUGAGCUCGGCCAGCGCGGCUGGCUGUCGAGCGGCCGACCGAACGUCAUGACGCUAUCGUCGUCGUCAGCCGCUACUCCGAGUGAGACAUUCGAUGGCUCUGCUACUGCAGCGGCUGUCCAGGGUGUCGACGCCUUCAUGUCCAGCCUGGAAAUGAACCCGCACGCGGACGCCCACCUUUCCACCACCGCAUCCGACGACCCCUCCGCUUCCUUCCUCCUUGACGGCUUCCCGCGUACAGCCCCGCAGGCUGAGCGCCUCGACGACAUCGUGCCCAUCAACUGGGCCGUGUCUAUCCAGACGCCCUUCGACGUGAUCAUGUCGCGGAUCGCAUCACGUUGGGUGCACGAGCCGUCGGGACGGGUCUACAACACUGGUUUUCACCCGCCGCGUGUUCCGGGUCGUGACGACGUCACCGGUGAACCCCUCGUUCAGCGCUCCGACGACGGUGAGGAGGUGUACAAGGCCCGCUUCCGCAAGUUCCAGGAGACCUCCGAGCCUCUGCUCGAACACUAUGCUCGCAAGGGCGUCUUGUGGGAGGUCAGCGGCCUAAGCAGCGACGAGAUCAGCCCCAAGCUGUUCAGGGAGUUCGAGAAGCAGUUUCUAUAG